UACUUUGGUCUCGCUUAUUCUAUACACUUGAAGCGCACAAUGCGAAUGAUCAUUGUUCCUUGUUGUCUUGCCCUGUUUGUGGCACUCGUCACAUGCGAGGGUACUGCUGCGGAGGACAAAAAAGCAGAAGAAACCGAGAUCGAGCCCAAGGAGUCGCAGAAUGUGGAGAAACGUGGCAUCUACGGGUCCAUUGGCGACUACGGGCAUGACUUUGGACAUCAUCACGAACACCACGAGCACAUCAAAACCGUAACUAUCGAGAAGAAGAUCCCGGUGCCGUACACCGUGGAGAAGCACGUGCCCUACACCGUUGAGAAGAAGGUCCCGUACGAGGUCAAGUACGACAUUCCCCAGCCCUACACCGUUGAGAAGAAGGUUCCGUUCACCGUCAAGGAGUACGUCAAGUACCCGGUGCACGUGCCAGCUCCUUACACCGUGGAAAAGAAGGUCCCGUACGAAGUGAAGGUUCCGGUCGACAAGCCCUAUGAGGUGAAAGUUCAUGUGCCGCAGCCCUACACCGUCGAGAAGAAGGUGCCGUACGAAGUGAAGGUGCACGUGCCAGUGCCCUACACCGUUGAGAAGAAGGUCCCAUAUGAGGUUAAGUACGAGGUCCCAGUCCCGAAGCCGUACACCGUCAUCAAGAAGGUCCCGUAUGAGGUCAAGGUCCCAGUUGACAAGCCCUACAAGGUCGAAGUCGAGAAGCCAUACCCCGUCGAGGUCAAGAAGCCUUACCCAGUGGUCGUAGAGAAGAAGGUCCCGUACGAAGUGAAGGUCCCAGUUGACAAGCCAUACAAGGUGGAAGUCGAGAAGCCAUACCCCGUCGAAGUCAAGGUCCCAGUCCCGUCCCCGUACAUUGUCGAAAAGAAGGUCCCGUACACCGUGGAGAAGCCAGUGCCCUAUGAGGUUAAGGUCCCGGUCGACAAGCCUUUCCCGGUUUACAAGGAAGUUAAGGUGCCUUACAUCAAGGAGAAACCCUACCCCGUGAAAGUACCAGUCCAUGUGCCAGUCCAUGUGCACAAAGAAGAACACCACCAUGAUCAUUCCUUUGAGCAUCACGAUUUCCACUAAGCUAGACCACCAUCAUCCUAUCCCUAACCCCAAAAUCAUCCGAUCCCCUCCCGUCAACAAUUUCCCGCCUAAACUGAACUGAUUUUUUUAGAACGUUCCUCCUGUGUAUUUUGCAGUUUUUUACGAGCAAACCAAUACGAAUCAUUUCAUAAGUUUGUGAUCUUAAAUGUAGUUGUUAAAGCGAGCAAUAUUUUGUAGAGAGAAAGUGUGUUGACUUCUAAGAGCACUGUUCACCCAAGUGGGUGGACGUUUUCGAGAAGUAAAUCCGUUGUUAAUUAUUGUUUUUUUUGUAUAAAUACCGAUAGAGCAGCUAAACCUGUUACUUUAUUGAUAUAAUGGUUAAUAGACCCGAGCCACGAAAUUUGGAACUCCUUAAAGCUGUACCAAAAAAGAAAAGCAAAAAAA